UUCUGUUUCAUUUUAUAAAUUUGAUUGUACUCUGUGGAGUUGUGGACAAAAAUAUAUUGAAAAAUUUAAAAUGAUUAUUUAAUUUUUUUUUAAUAAAAUCUACUUGCUUAGUAGAUAAAUUUCUGAAUUAUUAAAAACAUAAACUAGUAAGUUACCUUAAUGCCGCUAACCGCACGACAACGAAGUAUUCAUAAUAAAAAUGGAGCCAAAAGAUCGGCCAGUUUCAGCAAAGGAAAGAGAUCGCGCAAGACCAGCGAAGGAGAAUACCUAUUCACGAAUGCCCCAUCUGAUCUAAGGAGUAUAGCCUACCCUGGUGGAGCAGUAGCGUUGGGACUGCUACUGCUAGCUCGACUGACCUCAGCUUACUGGGGCCACAUAGCAGACUGUGAUGAGACUUAUAACUACUGGGAGCCUUUACACUAUUUGGUGUACGGGAAUGGCCUGCAAACAUGGGAGUACAGUCCAGUGUACGCGAUACGGUCAUAUAUGCCACUGUGGCUCUUUGCAGUUCCAGCCAAGAUAAUGUCAUACAUCAUGACGCCAGUGUCUGUGUUUUAUUGUAUAAGAGCCCUGCUUGCAGUGCUGACAGCUUGUGCCGAACUAAUGUUUUAUAAGGCGGUGUGCCACGAGUUCGGCGUGCACGUGGGGCGGGUGUGGCUCUGCCUGGCGCUGCCGGCGGCGGGCUGCUUCGCGUCCGCGGCCGCCAUGCUGCCCUCGGCGUGGAGCGGCGCGCUGGGCUCCGCCGCGCUCGCCUGCUGGUGGCGCAAGAGAUACCCGCCGGCCAUCUUGCUGACGGCUGCCUCUGUUCUGCUGAGUUGGCCAUUUACAGCUCUACUCGGCGUGCCGAUCGCAAUAGACAUGCUGUUGAUCAAACGACAAUACAUAGACUUCAUCAAGUGGUCUAUAAUAUCUCUGGUCGUCAUUCUUGUGCCGACCGUGGCCGUGGACUCGUGGCAUUAUGGGCGCUUAGUGGUCACUCCGUGGAACAUAGUCGCUUACAACAUCUUCACUGAACACGGACCAGAUUUGUAUGGAGUGGAACCAUGGACGUACUACUUUGUUAAUGGUUUUCUGAAUUUUAAUAUUGUUUGGGUGCUGGCGCUGUCGUGUCCACUGCUGCUGGCGGCUUGCACGGCGAUCUCUUCGCGCUCCACUGCGCGCGCGUCCUUCUGCGCGCCCUACUGGCUCAGUCUGCUGCCGUUCGUUUGCUGGCUCGGCGUGUUCAUGGGGCAGCCGCAUAAGGAAGAGAGGUUCCUGUACCCGGUGUACAGCAUGCUGGCGCUGGCGGGCGCCAUCGCGCUGGACUGCCUGCAGAAGAUGACGUACGCCGUGGGCACGGAGCUGCUGCGCUGGCGCAAGGAGCGCGAGCGGCGCCACUACCUCGCCUACACCGGCCCGCUCGUCGCCAUGUGCGUGCUGCUGGCGGGCGCGGCGAGCAUAUCCCGUACGACGGCCCUGUACCAGCACUACCACGGUCCUAUGACGCUGCUACGCCACAUCCCGGAGCAGGACGGCGCGGCGCUCAACGUGUGCUUCGGCAAGGAGUGGUACCGCUCGCCGUCCAGCUUCCACGUGCCGCGCGCGCACCGGAUACGGUUCGUGCCGAGCGAGUUCACGGGACAACUGCCUGCGCCUUACGACGAUGGACAUAAUGCAACCCGCAUUAUCCACCAAUACUUCAACGACUUAAACGAAGGUGACAACCGGACAUAUCUAAAACCAUCAGAUUGCCACUAUCUCGUAGACUCCGACAUCGGUACACCAUCGAAGCUGCAACCCCCGUACCAUAAAAACACGAACACAUGGGAAGUGGUCGCCACAGUGCCUAUAAUAGAUGCUGACAAAUCCCAUAGAAUAUUCCGUGCAUUCUAUGUACCGGUACUGUCGAACAAGAAUGUCGUUUACGCCAAUAUGUAUUUGUUAAGAAACAAAUUGAUAGAGUGAGUAGGUUUACAUUUCAUUAAGGUUGUAGCUCAUUAGAGCCAUCUUGUACCCGAUCUUCAACGGAUAGCCUAAUAACCGGAUUAAAGUAAUGAGCGUAUGUCCAUAAAAGACCAGAUUUGUGAGUAUUUUAAAUUUUUUUAAAGACUAUUUAUAAAGGAAACUAUAACAACAGUUGAAAUUAAUGAAGAAACAUAUGGAGAAGUAUACAGAUCCACCAAAAGGAAUAUCCCUAUGUUAUUUGUAAGAGGUGAUGGGGUUACACUAGUACCUCCACCAGUGAGAGUUGGUAUGUAGGUCUAAGAAAAUAAAAUAAAUUAUUUAUCCCUUGACCGCCAUGUCACCAGAUGUUCGAUAACUAGUAUUCUAACCCAGGAUCUCUCAUCUACUGCGCCAAGGAGCGUCAAAUAUAACGUAGGUCGUCUGACAUGGUUAUAAUAAAAUAUAUAUAUAUAUACCUGUCGGAGUUCGUUGUAGGUUUCUUCUUAAGGUGGACGCCUGUGGAACCGUAGUAGCAUUAAUUUUAUGUUUAGGAUUAAUAUCAGUGAUUUCACAAUAAUGUAAAAAUCCUUGGAAUUUUUAAAUCUAAUUUUUUACUUUAACUUUGACCAUGUCGAGAGAAGGCGGUCGGGUGCAGGAUGGCUCUAAUGGGCUACGUACUUUGUACUUUUAUAUCUAUCAAUAUCUGGGUAAUAUAAAUAAUGAAUAUUUGAUUUAUUUUGCUAUUCUCCUCGAAAAACUAACGAAUCCAAGCGAAACAAACAUACAACUAGCUUAACCCAUUGCAUACGGUUCUUACCGAACCUGGUAGAUUUUCAAGUUAUUUGGAUAUUACGAUUUUCGUGGAGUAUAUCAAAAUCAAAUAGAGCAACUAAAACAAGCUGUUUUAAUUUUUUUUUAUACAUUUCUUAUAAUAUGCAAUAGAUAAAAACUAAUUUAAUAUGUGUUUACCAUAUCAUUACCAUAUAGGAGAAGAGAUAUGGAAGGGCUAGGCCUCCCUCCAUAUAGAAGAGGGGAUAUGGAUCCAUAUAGGAGAGGGGAUAUGGAUCCAUAUAGGAGAUGAGAUAUGGAUACUUAAAGGAGAGGGGAUAUGGAUCCUUAAAGGAUAGGAGAUAUGGAUCCAUAUAGGAGAGGGGAUAUGGAUCCAUUUAAGAGAGGGGAUAUGGAGCCAUAAUGACGAGGCGACACGGAUCCAUAUAGGAGAGGGGAUAUGGAUCCAAAUAGGCGAGGCGAUAUAGAUCCAUAUGGGCGGGGCGACAUGGAUCCUUAUAGGAGAGGGGAUAUGAAUCCAUAUAGGCGAGGCGAUAAAGAUCCAUAUAGGCGGGGUGACAUGGAUCCAUAUAGGAGAGGGGAUAUGGAUUCAUAUAGGCGAGGCGACACGGAUCCAUAUAGGAGAGGGAAUGUGGAUCCACAAGAGAGAGGAGAUAUGGAAGGGCUAGGCCUCCCUUCAUAUAGGAGGGGGGGAUAUGGAGCGUAGACCCACCACGCUGCUCCAAUGAGGGCUUUGACUGACGUUUUUUACUGUAACGAUCAUUAUUAGAUGAUAACUAUUGGGGUCGACGCCUUAACUUGCUCUCCGAGGCAAGGGGUGUUAACACAACCGGUUUUUU